UCGUGACGUGCUGAUAUCGAGUCAGGUCAUCACCUGCGAAGUCCUCAAGGUUCUCAUAGCCCUCACAGCCAUGUUCCUGGACGGCUCUCUCUUCACCGUCUGGCGCAACUGGCACCUGCUGGACUCGUUAGAAGCUGCUGCGGUACCAGGCCUGCUGUACGCCGCCCAGAACACGCUCAUUCAGGUGGCCCUGCGCCACCUGGACUACCUGACGUUCAACCUGCUGAACCAGACGAAACUCCUCUUCACCGCUCUCUCCAACUAUCUGUUUCUAAGAAUCCGCCAGACCCGGGUGCAGAUCGUCGCCCUCUGCAUGCUGCUCGUCGCCGCCACGCUACUCACCCUCAGCCCAGGCCCUGCUUCUGGUCCGGGGCCUAAACCUGGCCAGACUCACGGAGCGAGUGCAGCAGGGGAGGCGCCGCCAUCUAUGGCUGCUGGCGCGGCUGCCACUGCUGCUGCGGCGGCGGCUAUUGUAGCAGCAGGCGUGGCCUGGGAGAGAGUGGCGCUGGGAGUGGUGCCGGUGCUGGUGGCGUCUGUGACCUCUGGGCUGGGAUCAACGCACAACCAGUGGCAAGUGCAGGUCAAGAGGCGCAGCCCACAUCUAUUCACCAUCGAGAUGUGUUCCCUCACGUCCCUCGUCCUGCUCGUCUCUCUCUUCACUUCCCAAGACGGCGCCCGCAUGUUGCAACUCGGCUUCUUCCACGCAUGGACGCCACUCACCAUCAUUCCAGCUCUAUCAAACGCCAUAGGAGGCAUUCUUGUGGGGCUUGUGACCAAAUAUGCAGGGGGCGUUAAGAAGGGGUUCACAGUGAUAGCCGGUCUGGUGGUAACCGCCAUAGUGCAGUAUGCUCUCGACGGCACACCUCCCUCCCUCUUUGUGUGGCUGGCCCUCCCCCUCACCGUCCUUAGCACCUACCUCUACUCCUCCUCCGCUGCUCCCUCUCCUGCUGCUGCGACUAAGAAGAGCAAGGAGCUCUAA